CCGACUCCCAACUGCGCGCCUACUAGGUACUUCAUCACCACCAGCUUCACAUUCGACCAAGACCAAUUACUUUGGUCAGGAAGCUAAGCAAAAUGCCGGCCUAUAACUCCAUGUUCAAUGCCGACCCCAACAUCCCCAGAUUAAUAGGCAACUUCCCUCUUUUGCCGCUGCGCACAAAGACUCGCGGUCCAGCCUACACUUUGCCCUUCCCCAACCCGCCUUUGCCCGCCAAUGAGUCCCCAGACCCGGACAGUGAGAGCUACGACAUCCUCGACGAGGUCCUCGCCCUCUUCCGCGCCAACACCUUCUUCCGCAACUUCGAGAUCCAGGGUCCCGCCGAUCGUCUGCUUGUCUACGGUAUAUGGUUCGUCAGUGAUUGCCUGACCAAGAUCAAGCCCAACGCCGGCGUGCGCGAUGCGUCCAAGGAUGUCAUGAACGUCGCCCUCGACACCAACUUUGCCAUUCCCGGCGACCCGGCAUGGCCGCUGAACCAGAUGUACGAGCCUCCGCGUGAUCGGCAAGAUGCAGAACAGCUCCGACAGUACCUGUCCCAAGUCCGCCAGGAGCUGGCAGCGCGGUUACUGGCACGAGUCUACGAUGAGGGCGGUGACGGAAAGCCGAGCAAGUGGUGGUUGAGCUUCACCAAGAGAAAGUUCAUGGGCAAGGCGCUGUGAAGCGGGUGAUCGGGACAAAACGCUGGAGACGGAACGUGUGAAAGUGUUUUAGAGCGACUAGGCCAAUAUGAUGAUGCCAAUUACUCCCAUUUCAGCUCGGAAAGGCUUCGAUAGGAGG